AUGACAUUUCUUACGCCUUUGUUCCUGUUAGGUUUAUUAGCAGUUCAUGUUAAUUCGUAUGGAGCUACUCUGUUGGGAAACAAGCCUGAUGACAACGAUAACAUGAUCCCUCUUAAGCCAAUCAGUUCUUGGCCGUCUUAUCUCUUUUGGGGCAAUUACAAUAGCACUCUUUAUCCACCUGGAAAUUAUCUGACUCAGCCCAGAAACCAGCACAUCCCAGUCUACUGCGGAGCUUGCUGGGUGUUUUCAGCAGUAUCUGCAAUGUCAGACCGCUUGAGAAUUGCUAGGAAAAUGGCCUGGCCUGAAAUUCUGCUUGCUCCUCAACCUGUUCUUAGCUGCUAUCAAACUGAUGAGAUGCAAGGAUGCCACGGAGGAGACCAUAUGAACACCUAUUGGUUUAUCAAAGAAAACGGAAUUACUGACGAAUCUUGCAGCCCUUAUAGAGCAGGAAGCUAUUAUGAAGAAGAAAACAAUGUCCCAUGCACUAAUGACGUAUGGUGCAAGAACUGCGAACCAGCUGGAAAUUGCUUUAUUCCUGCAACUUAUCAGAAAUGGUACAUUUCUGAGUGGGCAAAUUUGACAACGCUUGCAUCACAAGGAUCAGGAGAAUUGGCUAUGAUUAAUGCUUUACAAUAUGGCCCUAUCUCCUGCAGUGUCUGUGCUACCCACUCAUUUGAAACCUAUUAUAAAGGAUUCGAAAUAUGGAACGAUACUGAAAACUGCUUAUCUCCUUCGGAGCAAAAAUAUUGAUAUAAAUUGUUUAAUAAAAAUAGGCUGAUAUCUAACUCCUCCGUGAGCAAAAAAACAUUAGAAAAUCCCUAUUUUUUGCCCAAAAACUCACCCUCCGCGAGUGAACAAAAAUGUUUUCAAUAGAAAAUUUUUUUAUGGGAAAAAAAUUUGAUAUAUAAGUGAUUAUUAGUAUAAUGAAAUCUCGAGCUAAUUCUUUUUAAUUUUAAACAAAUCGUGUUUUGAAACAUAAAAUUUUGCAAAUUAAAUUAAUAUUUACUUUCAAUUUUUGCGAAUUAGGAUUUUUUCUAAAUUUCGAAAAAAAUUUUCUAUAAAAUUUUAUAUAUAAAUUUUUUAAAAAAAAAAUUAACCCCCCAUGAGCGAACAAAAUUUUUUUGUUCGCUCACUGAGGGGGGAGUAAGUAAUAAUUAUUAUUAUGAAACCAUAGCUAGUUCUCUUAAGAUUCAAACAAAGUGCAUUAUAAAACUAUAUUUAUAAACUAAAUUAAACUUUUAUUCUCAAAAUUGCAAAUUGGAAUUCUUAAAUUUAUGGAAAUAAUUUAUAAAUUAAAAAAAAUAUGCUCAUUAUGGAGGGAGUUUAGAAACUAACCACGAUAUUUCAGUCGUCGGAUAUGGAACAGAAAAUGGAGUUGACUAUUGGAUCGUCAGAAAUUCAUGGGGUACUUACUUUGGAAAUGAAGGGUUCUUUAGAGUUGUCAGAGGUGUAGCAAAUUCUACAUGGAACAUGCUAAUAGAAACCCAAUGCGCCUACGCCAAUGUAUCAUCUACUCCUGUGAUUGUAGACCAAUCCCAAUUAAUUGAAGAGAUCUCUAAGCCUUCAUUAAGAGGCUACAAAGAAGUAGUUGAGCUUCCUGAAGAAAAACCAGCUGAAGAAACUAAAAGAAAAUACAACAGAGUGCCUAAGCUGUUCUUUGAAAAUGGAGAAAGAAUUACUGAGCCAAGGCCUCAUCAGCUCUUAAAAGCUAGCGAUUUACCAGCUGCGUGGGAUUGGAGAAACGUCAGUGGCCAAAAUUACGUGUCUUGGACUAAAAACCAGCACAUUCCUCAAUACUGUAGAAAUUAAAUGGUGAUGCUGAUGGAAUUGGACUCCGAGACUCACUCCUAUGGAGCAGGUUGGGCCUAUCCUAAUAAAGUUGAAAGCAGGGCCUUUGUCCCUUUUUGAAGUCGAAGAUUUUCCUAUAUUAUCAAAUUUUUGCCUCUCACAUAAUCUUUGUCUGGCAGGACAAUAGGGGCACCCUACAGUGGGUGGCUCUAACCUAGGAGCUGAUCCUUAUGCUAGGUGAGUCUUACCAGAAAAUUCAAAAGGUGGAAUUUUGGCUGGGCCUUACAUAAUUUGCACUCUGGUGUAUGCACAUCCAGCAUAAGCCAACUGUAUUCAAGUGCGGUUAGUGAGUCCCGCUUAUGACCGUAUGAAAUUUAAUCUUAAUCAAUACUGUGGAAGCUGCUGGGCACAUGGUCCAACUUCUUCACUAUCAGACAGAAUCAACAUUUUAAGAGGCAAUAAAUGGCCUAGAAUCACCUUAGCUCCACAAGUAAUUCUAAACUGCCAUGGAGGUGGCAGCUGCGACGGAGGUAACCCAGGCGGUGUUUACGAGUUUAUCGCAACCCAUGGUAUUACUGACGACACCUGCCAACAAUAUACUGCCGCAAACCCUGCAGAAGCUUCCUGCUCACCAGUCCAAAACUGCAUGACCUGUUGGGAACUCAACAAUAGGACUAACUGUCCAGCAGUCUCCGACCCAAUCACCUACACAGUCAGUCAAUACGGCGCUGUAAACGGUGCUUUUAGAAUGAAAGCAGAAAUUUACAAGAACGGGCCUAUCGGAUGUGGAAUUCAAGCCACGCCAAAGUUCGAGAACUAUACAAGUGGAGUUUUUGAAGAAUUCAUCCCAUGGAUCUCUAUUAACCAUGAAAUCGCUGUUGUAGGAUGGGGAGUCGCUGAUGAUGGAACUGAGUACUGGAUCGGCAGAAACUCCUGGGGAACUUAUUGGGGACAAGAAGGGUUCUUCUACAUCAAGAUGUACGAAAAUAACUUGGGGAUUGAAACAGACUGCGACUGGGGCAUUCCUGUUUACCCUACAACUCCUCCAUAUAGUGUCUAA